GAAGAACUUAACCAGAAGUAUAAACACGUCUCUGUUUCCUCUGUCAAAAGCUCUGAACACUUCUCAUACCAAUCCUCUACCCUCAGCGCAGAUUGCCAUAUACACUACCACUCAACCUACCUUAUCAUCAUCUUUUCUUCCUCGUCACGAGCAGUGCACAAACCGCCAACAUGUCUCUCACUCUCUCUUCCAUUACUAUUUCUACCUUUUCCAAGGGUCUCUCCACACUCGUUCAUAUUCUCCAAAAGGCCGAAGAAUAUGCUGCAUCACAGGGCCUCGAUGCCAAUGCCGAGUACAUCAAUGCCAGGCUCAUCGAUGACAUGCUCCCCCUGACCUUUCAAGUUCAGAAUGUUACCAACACUGUCCGCAAAACCCUCACCCGCUCCCAAGGGAAGGCUGAUGAGCCUUGGGAAGAUGGAGAGAAGACAUUUGUCGAGUUGUAUGCCCGCAUUGAGAAGGCGAGGCAGGUGAUCAAGGAGGCCGAUGCUGCUGCUAUUGACGCCAAAGCCGAUGAAACUGUCGAUCUUGCUUUGGGGCCAACAACCAUCAAGAUUGUCAGCAGAGACUCAGUCCUCAACCAGGGAAUCCCCAACUUCUUCUUCCAUCUCAACACGGCGUAUGCCAUUCUCAGGAGCAAAGGCGUUCCAGUUGGCAAAAGAGACUACAUUGGAAGCUUCUUGGCUUAAGGUACCUCUAGGCAGCCAUUCCAAUCUCAAGCUUUAGAAGCUUCGAAUUCAAUUUAGGAACUUGAAACAACUACUACCUCAGCAUCCCAUCAAUCAUCACUGUGGAGCUAUUUCCCUAGCUUUUGAAUGGCAUCGUGACUGAAUGCUGCCUAAGGUAAUAAUGGUACAAGAAAACAUCUCCGGUCACUUUGACAGUGUAUAAUUGUUCUUGUGGGUCGCUGCCUAGGUAUGAGUGAGUGCUCGAACACUUCCUCUGUGACAAAAGGCCAGAUCGUCAUGCUCCACAAAUGUGUACCUCAUUCUACGGUGAACCACUGAACUUUAAGCAUCUUCAAAGCCUCUGUAGGUUUCUGGAAAUCAGAAUUAUUUUCCAUACAAAAGAGGUUGUUUGUUGAAUAAGGAAAGCCUUUCAUGAACAAGGCCUGCGUUCUCAGAGAGAUCAUGUGGAACGUAUUGUUUCAUUUUUUUCCUGUUGCGACUAUAUAAGGAGCGCGUACCCCUACUGUCUUACUACUAAAUAGAUAUAUACCUGGAAUCCUAUCACUGUUUCAUCAUCAUUCUCUCCAUCACACCUUUAUAACAACUCAAUCGCCGACCUAGACUUUCUUCCUCUUACCAUCCCUACCUCUACAUUCAACCUUCUUCCCUCCCCAGAAAAGAUGUCUGGCAAUAGCAGUAACGGCACCACCACCACCAGCAGCAACAGCAGCAACAACAACCACAACAACAAGAUGAAUCACACCCACUCCACAAACUUCCUAACUCUUUCCACCCCCACUGAGUUCGCCGAGCUUGCUAACUGUCAGCUAGAUACUGCGACAGAACUGAUGCAGAAUUUGCAUGGGCUCAUAAAGUCAAAUGACAGAAGACGAGGACCGUACCUUCGACCUGGACAACGUCUGUGAGCAGGGAUGGAAGUCUGAUCGUUGGCUGAAUCCUCUUUAAACAGUCAAACUCAGUGCUCGGCAGAUGCAGAAGAAGAGGGAGGGAUGUGCGCCAAGAAGGGGUAAAGCAUGGAAAUCUAAACAGGGCUGGACCAGUUGUAAAGCCAAGCUUUAUUCAUUAACUGCAGGUCCGGGGGUGGAAGGGGGGGGGGAGCAACAGCGAAGCUUUUUUGACUCCAGCCGAUCGUGUAUUAUGAUUGUAGUCACCCCCACAUCCCCACGUUUGGUGUUGGUUGUUGCGAGAGGGCAGGGGCCAAGAUAACGGUUUUGAUAUGGCUUAAUGACUUUCCC